AUGAUAUUCGACCCAAAUGUGCAGUUACCAAAAGCACCUCGAGGAUAUCUCUUGCGACCGUUGAUGCUAUCGGAUCACAAGCAUGGUUAUUUAAAGUUAUUGUCGCAGCUUACAGUUGUUGGUAAAGUUACCGAGGAAAUGUUCUCUCAUCGAUUUCAUUUAAUGCGCAACACUUUCCCAAUCACGUAUUACGUCGUCGUUAUCGAACAUGAAGAAACAAAAUGUGUGGUGGCAACAGCUACACUUGUGCUUGAAUGGAAAUUUAUUCAUGAAGCCGGAUGUCGUGGCCGCAUUGAAGACGUUGUUGUAGAUGUGAACGCUCGUAGACAGAGUUUGGCGACGUUACUUAUUUUACAUUUGGUGACACUAGCAAGACAUCUUGGUGUGUACAAAUUGUCACUGGAGUGUAAAAAGGAAUUAAUAUCGUUUUAUGAACGAUUUGGGUUUCAAAGAGACGAUAAUAAUUUUCUUGUGAUAAACUUUUAA